AUGAAGGAGAGAACAUUGUAUUGUGGUACCUGUCUGGUUGCUGGCACUGCUGCUGCUUGCCUGCUCAUGGAGUUAGGGCUAGCGGAAAUGGGGACGGGGGCUGGGAGGCACACCAUUAUUCUGAUGCAACCAUCCCAAAACAGGAGCUCCAGGACGUUCAUGGAUUAUAAUUCAAUUAACCAUGCAUUGGAUGGAAUCUGUGGUCUCUAUGAAAGGAAAAUCAGGGAUAUCAACCCAAUGAUCCCGAACAUAACCUAUGACAUCACCGACCUGUACAACUUCAUCGACGGCCUAGCUGACAUCAGUGCGCUAGUAUAUGAUCAUGAAAUCCAUGCGUUUCUGCCAUAUGACCGGCAGUGGAUAAAGCAGAAGCUGUUUCAGCACCUUAAGAAGCUGGCUCAAAGAUAG